CGUGACGUCAUCGCACCACGUGUCAUGCCAGCAGGAUGACCACUUAGUGCUGGAAGAACAGGCUGUGAAGUACUUCAGGGGACAAAACUAUCUUUUGUAGGCCGAUUCGCUCGUUACGUCACCUGACGUAACAUUGGAAGAGGGGUGCACCUGCCAUCUAGCGGAGGGUUCAGAAGUUUCUGCUGUUUAGGUUAAUAAGAUAGCCAGGUAGCGGCCGGUGCAGAAACAUGGCGUCCGCUCCUCCUUCAAGAGAACUGGAUUCAACGCAGUCCGUUCCGGAAGAAGAAACUUCUUGCAGUGCUCAUAGUACUUCCCGAGGACCUGCAGAAGCGAAAUAUCUUGUCGAACCCCACUUCUCUGACUUUUGGGCGCAACUGGCCUUGGACAUAGUGGAGAGAACAGCCUGGAAAGUGGAGCGUUUUGACUCAUUUACGUCGCUAGAUGCAUUUUUUGAAGAUGUCCGGCAUUACCCUUUCGGGGAAGAGCGAAUCCGCAUGAAGCAGCGAAGAAACGCCGCCCUCAGGUUGAGAUCCAAACCGAAGCUUUGGUCUGCGCUAGUCUUCGCUGCCUUCAGAGAGCUGGCUUCGGACUCGCCUGGGCAUGCGGUCGCUACUCUGGCUCACUCUGGUCUACUUGUGGCUUUCAAGGACUUCGCUAUUCACACACACUACUUUCAGGUCACAAGGAAGCUCAUGGAGUCAGCGGGUGUAACGGUGUCCAUAACGGCAAAUGCAUCCUCGUGCAUACACGACAUAGACAAGCUGGACCCCAUCAUGCUCACUGGCUACAGUGAGCGCUGGGAAGAUGCGAGAGACACAGCGCUGUGGCACGUGUGCGUCGAUUCGCACUUUGCACUGAAUACACACCACCAGCAAAACGAACUGUGGCACUCCGAGGACUGUGACGAUAAGGAAAAGAAGUGCUGGAAGGCCAUGCCGGAGCUGCUUUGCGACAAGGUAUCCCGGAAAUUGCAGAAGGAUCUCAACGGCAUUGUGUCACCUGAAAUGUGGUCCGUGGAAACACAGUUCUACUUGGGCAUGCCCAAAGCGUGGUUAGAGCGCACGAGACAUUUGGCAGAACAAAUGGCUGAAGGUACGCCAACUGCCGGAUCACCGGACAUCAUGAUGUGAAUUCU